GCAGGAACCGCGGGCUCGCGUCCCGGAGCCUCCCGGCGCUGGCCGUCCGCGCCUCGGGCAGCUCGGAGGCGGCAUGGCCACGGUGGCCGCGGCGGCCCGCGGGGCCGGGGCGAGGGCGGCGGCGGGGCUGCGGGGCGGUGGCGGGGCUGCGGUUCGGGGACGGCCGCGCGCCGGCUGCGCUCGGCCCCUGUGCACCGCCCCGGCCGCCGUGGACAUGAAGCGCUACCUGUGGGCGCGCUACCACGAGGCGAAGAGGAGCACGGACGAAUUGGUUCCUUCCAUCAUGAACAACUUGUUGAAUCCAGAUGCCAUCUUCUCAAACAAUGAGAUGAGCCUGUCGGACAUUGAGAUAUAUGGCUUUGACUAUGAUUACACUCUGGUGUUCUACUCCAAGCAUCUGCACACUCUCAUCUUCAACGCUGCUCGGGACCUUCUCAUCAAUGAACAUAGGUACCCUGCGGAGAUCAGGAAGUAUGAGUAUGACCCAAACUUCGCCAUCCGUGGACUCCAUUAUGACGUCCAGCGGGCAGUGUUGAUGAAGAUCGACGCUUUUCAUUACAUCCAGAUGGGAACCGUCUACAGGGGCCUCAGUGUUGUCCCUGAUGAAGAAGUCAUCGACAUGUAUGAGGGAUCCCACGUGCCCUUGGAGCAGAUGAGUGACUUUUAUGGAAAGAGUUCUCAUGGGAACACCAUGAAGCAGUUCAUGGACAUCUUCUCACUGCCUGAGAUGACCCUGCUGUCCUGUGUGAACGAGCACUUCCUGAAGAACAACAUCGACUAUGAGCCCGUGCACCUGUACAAAGACGUCAAGGACUCCAUAAGGGAUGUUCACAUCAAAGGGAUAAUGUACCGAGCAAUUGAAGCCGACAUCGAGAAGUACAUCUGUUACGCCGAGCAGACCCGGGCGGUGCUGGCUAAGCUUGCUGCCCACGGCAAGAAGAUGUUCCUCAUCACCAACAGCCCCAGCAGCUUUGUAGACAAAGGCAUGCGGUAUAUUGUGGGGAAGGACUGGCGGGACCUGUUCGAUGUGGUCAUAGUUCAGGCUGAGAAACCCAACUUCUUCAAUGAUAAGCGGAGACCUUUCCGGAAGGUGAAUGAGAAAGGUGUCUUGCUCUGGGAUAAAAUCUACAAGCUCCAGAAAGGGCAGAUCUACAAGCAGGGCAAUUUGUAUGAAUUUUUGAAGCUCACUGGAUGGAGAGGAUCCAAAGUGCUGUAUUUUGGUGACCACAUAUACAGUGACCUGGCGGAUCUGACACUGAAGCAUGGCUGGCGCACAGGAGCGAUCAUCCCCGAGCUACGGUCGGAGCUCAGAAUCAUGAACACGGAGCAGUACGUUCAGACCAUGACCUGGCUGCAGACCUUGACCGGGCUCUUGGAGCAGAUGCAGAUCCACAGAGACGCUGAGUCACAGCUGGUUUUGCAGGAGUGGAAAAAGGAGAGGAAGGAGAUGAGAGAAAUGACCAAAGGUUUCUUCAACGCCCAGUUUGGGAGCUUAUUCCGUACAGACCAGAACCCAACCUACUUCCUGAGGCGCCUGUCCAGGUUCGCUGACAUCUACAUGGCGUCUCUGAGCUGUCUCCUGAACUACGACGUCCACCACACCUUCUACCCCAGGAGGACUCCCCUGCAGCAUGAACUCCCUGCAUGGUCGGACAGCCCCUCUGCCUUCAAAGCUCCACUGCUGCAGGAGGCUCAGGCCAAGUAAUCCUGUGUCUGCCCAAGGAAAAAGCCAGAAGCAGCUAUGGCCUCACAGAGGGUCCAGUGGGCCUGAGAGUUGCUUUCCCAAAGAGUCGGAUAACACCUUUUGUAUUUUUCUACCUUACCAGAAUACCGUCCUGUCCAGGCAGAGACAGGAGCUGGCUGCUUGGGUUCUGCCCUCCUCCACACAGUGAUGCGGCCUUGUUUACUAUGGAACCGGUCUCAGGCCUUCUGAGACUGGUGAGACCUCUUGCUGCUGUCUGUUCAGCUGGCUAAGAGACAACACAUCUUGAUUCUGUGAGACAUUUCUUGGUUGUUUACAAGCAGAGCACUGGGGACUGUAAGGACCUGUGACACCUGCAGCCAGUUCCCAGGCUUCUGGUGUGAGGGUUUUGCAGACUUUUGCACACGCUGCUCCAAGAGAUCAGAGCUUCCAGAAUGACUUUGUUGAGGAAGAACAAGAAGCGUUUGUCCUCAGUGUGAACUUGCUUUGCCUGCCCCGUGCUGGCGAAGGGGUGAUGGGCGGGUUCCCUCCUCCUCCCAGGAAUGGGUGAGGAGAUGGCAGCUCUAGUUAAAACUGCCUUUCAGCUGGGGGUCAGGCAUUGUAGGAGACAAGAAGCAAAGCUGUGGGGCUCAGUCUGCGGCCAGCGCAAGCCUGUGUGCCAGGGUCCUUGGGACACCAGCUCGCUGGUGAAAUGUCACCUUUCAGGCUGAGAGCCAAGCUCACAAGAGGGGCUUCUCUUCCUCCCUCCCCAGAGGGGGAGGGAUCCUUUAUUAUGUCUGCUUUGCAGUGUCUUUGAACAUAUUUGAUGCCCCAGGGGCCAUGGGAAUGGCUGCUGUUAGGGGACACAGCCCUGUGUAAUGUGUUUCGUUGCAAAUGCCACAUGAGUGCUUGUGACUAGAUUAGCCUGGCUCAUUCUAAGCUUCCGCGCUGAUGUGGCGCCGCUGCUGCCGGAGCUGCUCCUCUUUCCCUGCCUGCUCCUCUCCUCCACCCCCCUCUCCCGUUAGGGUCUUGCUGUGGAGCCCAGGCUGGCCUUGGACUCAAUCCUCCUGCCUCAGUCUCCUGAGUGUUGAAUUACAGGCAUGCAGCUGUGGUGUGGCGUAUAUUACAUCUAAAGAGUGGCAUGAACAUGGAGGAGGCUUGUGGUGAGUGUUUGCUACCUGGUAUCAUUGCUACAAUAGAUCAUGUAGACUGCUCACUGGCCUUUUGUAGGCUGCCUGCCAAAACACGGAAGUUAAACAAGCUGUCUAGCAUUCACUGUGUUGCCAUGGUGAUCUUUGAUGUUUGUACUGAACAUCAUCCCAAAGGUGACCGUUCAGACCGCCUCCUCCUGUGUUGUAUUCUAAGCACUGGGGUUCAGCGGUGGUCUGCUGUUUUUGAGGGCAGGAUGGGCAUUUUCCUGUUUGCUUGUUCCCCAGUGUUAGCCACCAGGGGUUUUGGCAGCUGGAAUCUAAUGCCGGCAGGUGAUGCUCAGUACUGCUCAGGUCUCGAAAGGGUGCUACUCAGGAUGCUCCUAACUUGUGCUGUGUAGAGGCAGAAUGAAGAAGUUCAAAAAGAAUUUUUGGUCUAAUGAGAUACUCUUCAGCAGUGUAGACUAGAUGCCAGUUACAGGCAGUUUGUUUACUUAAGAAUGAAAUAGAACUGCUCUCUUGAGUGCCUACGGUAGGUGACCUAAGCCUUGGGAGAGGAAGGCAUCUCCUGGGUCUGAGCAAUGGGUUUUACAGUCUAUUCCUGUGCAGAAGCGUCACCGUCAUGAGGACACAAAGUGUCACAGUAUUGGGAUCAGCUGUAGCAUGGCCAGGCAAACAUGCAGUGGCGGCCGGCACCCUCAGACCUGUGCUCUGGCAGCGUGGCCCUGUAGGAAGAACGGGAGUUUCCACUGUGGUGUUGACAGUCUGGUGCAGACAGGACGAGUCUUAACUUGUCACAGGGAGUCUUGGCUGGGGCCUGACUCCCUGACCUGGCUUCUUGUCCUUUGUGUGCAUUUUGAUAAUAGAAUACAGAUUUAAAAGGGAGGUAGAUUUUUUUCCACCUUUAAAAAAAUCAAAUUGUGAAGCAAAUAAUUUUUGUUGCUUUUUCAAGACAGGGUUUCUCUGUGUAGGCCUGGCUAUCCUAGAACUCGCUCUGUAGUCCAGGCUGGCCUUGAACUCAGAGACUUAUCUGCCUCUGCCUCCUGAGUGCUGGGAUGAAAGGUGUGUACCACCCCACCAGAAAUAAAAUAUUUUUGCUGUCUUUAAAAUUAUAGUUGCUUUUAGGCAUUACAUACUGAUUUUCUAAGAAUCCUGUGAACAAAAGUUCAGUGUAAGGGCAGUCCAUGCCAGUGAUACCCAGCCAGGUCUGUGGUAUCAGCAGCCACCCAAGCAAUUUGUACUGCUGGCUUUCCCCAAAGUUGCUUUUUCAGGGGAGUGCUGGCCUUUAAGUACUUUAGGUGUUGGGCAUUGGAAACUCCUGCUUUCCUCCUCGAAUAGCAUAUCCCCUUCCCUCCCUCCCCCUCCCCCUCCCUUUUCCUCCCCCUUCUUACUGGCUCUUUUCUCUCCCGCCCUGUCCUCUCCUCUCCUUCUUUGACCUGUGCUCUCUACCAUGCCUGUCUCUGACCCCUCCUCCUCUGCUGUCACCAUUAAUACAACUGCUACACAUCUGGUCAGAUCUCAAACUAAAUUACUAGCUGCUUUGGAUGCAUCAGCCCUCUUAUUUAUUUCAAGGGAGAAGUGAAAAACAGUUACCUAAUUUAUCUUUGGGUGAACGGAAUGGUUUUCCCCUCCUCUCCUGUCCCCUCCCCUCAGCAAGUGCUAAACACUGAAAUUCCACUUUGUCCAAACACUCAUUUGCUGCCAAAAACCUACUUGGGGGGCUCUUGACUAAAAUGAUCAAAAGACUGAAUUUGGUCAGUGGCCAAAUGUAACUGCUUAGGGAGCCCGUCUGUGUUUUCUCUUUAAUGCUGCUGGACCCCCCUCCCCCAUUCAACCUGUAGUUACAGCUGGCCUGGAAGUCACUUUGUAGAACAGGUUGGCCUAGAAGCCAUAGAGAUCUGGUUGCCUCUGCCCUCUGCAUGUUGGGAUAACCGGCUUGACCACCAUGCCUGGCGUGGUGUCUUUUUGUUUGGUAGGGUUUUCCUUUCUCCUUUUUUUCCUGCUGUUAUGUAUGUAUGUAUGUAUGUUUUUGGGAGCUAGGUUAAUCUCAGCGAACCUUUCAGGCACUCACAGGAAUGAAGCUCUUCUAAUAAGGGAGCCAUUGCGACUGCAGGCCACUGGCAUUGCUGCCCCUGUGGGGACGGACACACAGUUCCAUGGGGAUUUGAUUCACCAGCACAGGCUGUGGCUAGGUGAGGCUCUUGCCUAUGGCCUGCUGGCUCCUGCUUGGAUGGCGGGAUUCUUUGCAGAGAACACAUGGCGGGCAGCCUCCCGGCCUGGUCCAGCUAUGCAAGGUCUGGGGCAGUGUGCCCUGUCCCCUUGGGAGCCAGUCUGCCACAUGGUUCUCCAUGUGGCCUGCGGUCAACACUGUGUCUUUAUACCUGCCAAGACUGCUUCCCUGUGUGGCUCUGGGCUGCCUGCUGUUGCCCUUGUUAAUACUGGGCUGGGCUCAGGACUGAUGGCUAAUUCUUCCCAGCUGCUGGGCGUGCAGCUGGCUGGUGUGCUCUUGGAGUUUCCUUGAUGCACAGGCCUGCCUUGCUCCUGAUCACAGGCCUUUCCUGGGGAUGAAUGAUCCAUGACUGUUCCAUGUGAAGGUACUCUGGCCUCUCCAACACUAGUGUGUGACAGCUCCAGAGCUCCCUCUGGGGCCACCAAGACCUCCUUGUCCUUGCCUUGCAUCUCAGAAUCCACCCUGCCAACUGGCCCGCCCCUUCCCUUCCCAGAUGUCACUCCCAGCAGAGCUCCAUGUGAGACCUUCUUGCAUGAAGCUUUUGUUUCCAGUCUCCUCCUUCAGCACUGCUCUUGUGUCUAAUGUUAGUACAAGUGUGAGCUCCAGUGUAGUUAGUACCUGUGUAGUGGAAUGAUAGAUUGUGCCUGUGUGGUACCAGGCACGAUAAAUGCAAAGUAGGUUUACUAUUUAUUUGGAACGUGAAUUUGCUAUUUAUUCUACAUGUUGAUUAUAUAUGUUGUGAUAAUGAACUUAACAGCCAAAUAAAGCUUGAAUUGGA